AUGAAGUGCGCUAGGCUUAUGCCUCGGCAUACCUUUAUCAUUUUAAAUAAGAGGUAUCUUGUCAAACACGCCUAUCAAAAAACACUGAACUUACCCAAGACUAAGUUUCCAAACAGAUCAAAUUUAGAUAUUACAUUAAGAGAAUUAAUACCGCAAUCUUCACAGGUAGUUUAUAAAGAGCAAAUAAGAGAUUUUUUUAGGGAAUUCUCCGAGCUUGAUACAACUGAUGCAAAAUUGAAGUUCAUAAAGGAGAAAUUAUUUAUCUUGCAUGAUGGACCGCCCUAUGCAAAUGGUGACUUACAUCUCGGACAUGCCCUGAAUAAAAUUCUGAAAGAUAUUAUAAAUAGAUAUCAACUCUCACAAGGAAAGUAUAUCUUUUAUAAACCUGGUUGGGAUUGUCAUGGAUUACCCAUUGAAAUUAAAGCUUUGAAGGAUUUAAGUGCGCAACAAAUUGAAUCAAUAUCUCCUUUAAAAAUCAGGUCGCUGGCAUUAAGACAUGCACAAAGGGCAAUAAAGAAACAAAAGGAGACUUUCAAGCAUUUUGCGAUCUUGACAGAUUGGGAAACUCCAUACUUAACAAUGGAUAAAGACUAUGAAAUUAAUCAAUUAACAAUCUUCAAAGAAAUGUUCGAAAGAGGAUUGAUUAAGAGGCAGAACAAACCAGUUUACUGGGGCACAGAAACUAAAACUGCUUUAGCCGAAGGUGAGUUGGAGUAUAAUGAAGAACAUAAAUCAAUUGCAGCUUAUGUCAAGUUUCCUCUUGAAAAGAAUUCUGAGACAGAACUAUGCAGGAAACUGGGAAUAACUAAUAACUUACCUAUAUACUGUUUGAUUUGGACCAGCACUCCAUGGACUCUUUUCUCUAAUCGGGCGAUCUGUUUUAAUCAAGAUUUUUCCUACUCCUUAUUGCAUGUAGGCAAUGAACUUGUCGUUGUGGAGACCGAUUCGAUUGAUAAAUUGAACCUGCCAACUGAAUCGUAUAAGAAAAUCAAACAAUUUCAAGGGAUUUACUUACAUGGGAUGUAUUAUCAAAACCGCCUGACCGACGAUAAUGUUAGAAGACCCCUAUUGAAUGGUGUACAUGUCACCAGCGGCACAGGAACAGGCUUGGUUCAUAUAGCGCCAGGGCAUGGGCAGGAUGACUAUUUAAUUGGUAUCCAGAACAAUCUUGAAAUUUAUUCUCCUGUGGACGAUCGGGGCCGUUAUCAGCUGAAUAAACUUCCUCAGUCGGUGAGAUUUAUUAUGAGGGAUGAUAUGGACCCAACACUCGGUAAGCAGGUAUUAGACGUCAAAACUGCAAAGCUUAUUUUACAGAAGCUAAGUGAACUCAAUCUACUCUAUAAAUCUCAUGAAUACACACAUUCCUAUCCAUAUGACUGGAGAUCAAAGAAACCCGUGAUAAUAAGAGCCACUCCCCAAUGGUUUGCGGAUUUACAUGAUGUAAAAAAUUUAGCCUUGGAAAGUAUCAGCCGUGUCAAAUUUUACCCUAAUAGAGGUUAUACAAGGCUUUCAUCUUUUAUUAAAAGCAGAAGUGAAUGGUGUAUAUCUAGGCAACGUUCAUGGGGAAUCCCUAUAUUAAGUUUUUACAAAAAAAGUGAACCAGAUUCCACUUUGAUGAAUUCUGAAACCUUAGCGCAUGCCAUAGAAACAAUCAAACGAAAAGGAAUUGAUUCCUGGUUUAACACUAUGGAUGGUGACAUGAAAGAAUGGUUGCCAGAGGAAUACCAUGGAGUAGCACACGAAUACUGUCGUUCUCAAGACACCAUGGAUGUAUGGUUUGAUAGUGGAUCGUCAUGGAGUGUGAUUAAAGAUUUUUAUGAAAAAUGUCUAAGACUAAAAAAACUUCCAUCACCAUUAUAUCAAAUUUGUCUAGAAGGGUCUGAUCAACAUAGAGGAUGGUUUCAAAGUUCCUUGUUAACAAAGGUAGCAUCAAGUAAUUUGUCCGUCGCGCCUUAUGAGGAAGUGAUUACACAUGGUUUUACCCUAGAUGAAAAUGGCUUAAAAAUGUCAAAAUCUGUAGGAAAUACAAUAUCUCCUGAAGCAAUAAUCAAAGGCGAUGAAAGCUUAGGAUUGCCUGCGUUGGGUGUUGAUGGAUUGAGGUAUCUGAUAGCGCAAUCAAAUUUCACUACUGAUAUAGUUGCUGGUCCUACUGUGAUGAAGCAUGUAGGAGAAGCUUUGAAAAAAAUUAGACUAACAUUCCGUUAUUUAUUGAGUAAUUUGCAAAAGUCUCGAAGUUUCGAUAUAUUGCCGAUUGAACGAUUACGUCGUGUUGAUCAAUAUGCCUUGUAUAAGGUAAAUGAACUGCUAAAAACGACAAAAGAACAUUACCAAAAUUAUAACUUUUCCAAGGUUCUUAUCACUCUACAAUAUCACUUGAACAAUGACCUAUCGGCCUUUUAUUUUGAUAUUUCCAAGGACACUUUAUAUUCCGAUGAAAUAUCGUCGUUGACAAGAAGACAAGUCCAAACAACCCUUCUACAUUUACUUAACUCAUAUAGAGCAAUUCUUGCGCCAAUCUUGCCCGUUAUGGUUCAAGAAGUAUGGAAUCACGUACCAGAAGGAUGGUUGCGAGGGCAAAAAAAUCAAGACAUUAGCCCGAUGCGUACAGAAUGGCCACUUUUUGACACCAAUAUGGAAACAAUCACCUCUUUUGAAAAAUUUGAAGGCAGAAUUUUAGAGCAGUUUCAGAGAGAAUUCAGGAUUUUGAGUAAAAAAGAAGGUGUAACUAAAACUGCACAAAGCCAUGUUACCGUCUUCACCAAGCAUCCCCUUCCAUUCAGUUCUAACCAGCUUUGUGACAUCUUACAAUCAUCUUCUGUUGAUAUACUAGAAGCAAAGAGCCACCACAACAAUUUACCUACGAUUGAACUUGGAAACGGAACAAACGUGCAAAUGUUAGUUGAGCGAAGCAAAAAGCACAAUUGUCCCAGGUGCUGGAAAGCCAGUUCAGCUGAGGAGGAUGUACUAUGUGAUAGAUGUAAAGAGGUCGUAAAUCAUCUCGCGUCUUGA